AUGAAUGGUGUUGUUGGUCAAAGUAAGAGAGAUGUUAAGACAUCAACAACACCACCCACUGUACCUGAAAAUAAAGUGAACGAUUACGUGAGAGCUCGAGCAGCCUUACCACAAGUUGACAAUCAACCACAAAGUAACCCUAACAGCUUACCUGAAUCAUCCGAUAGAACAAAAGACAACUCGAAAACUGAUAAAAAAACUGAUAAUAAACAAACUGACAAUAAUUCAUCUAAUAACCCAUCAACUCCCGUCGAUAUUCCACCACCAAUUGACAUGCCGAUAUCAACAGACAAUUCGCAGCAUGACAGCAAUCCACAAUCUGACACCAAGCCACAGCCUGACACCAAUCCACAACCUAAAAUACCUGAUACCACCAAUUCAAAACCUGACACCACCAAUUCAAAACCUGACACCACUAAUCCACAAUCUGACACUAAACCACAAUCUGACACUAAUCCACAGCCUGACACCAAUCAACAACCUGACGGCCAACAAAAUACACCAACUGAUAAUAAACCAACUGAUAAUAAACCACCCGAUGUCGCAACCCCUCCGAAUGAUGGCAACUCGACUACCCCCAACGUGCCUAACAUCCCAAUGCCCAACGUGCCAGUUUCUAAUGAUACGACACCUUCUAAUGAUAACCCAAAUUCAAUCCCUAUGCCAGACAUACCAAUAUCUACUGGUGCACCAGAUCCUAAUUCACAACCGAUACGUGCUGUCUCACAAGUGCCAGAUCAGCCCUCACCAGCACCAGCUCAGCAGCCAGAUCAGCAGCCAGCUCUACCCCCACCACCGCCAGCUCAGCCCACACCAGCUCAGCAGCCAAAUCAGCAGCCAGAUCAGCAGCCAGCUCUACCCCCACCACCAGCUCAGCCCACACCAGCUCAGCAGCCAAAUCAGCAGCCAGCUCAGCCCUCAGUUGCUAUGCCAAAUAUACCAAUACCUUCUGGUGCAGCAGAUCCUAAUUCGCAACCGAUACGUGCUGUCUCACAAGCGCCAGAUCAGCCAGCCCAGCCUUCAAUUCCACCUUUACCAAACAUUCCUACUAACGUACAAGCACCAGCAGCAGUUUCUAAUCCACCGAUACGUGCUGUCUCAGAU